AUGACUGAAAUCAUCAAGGACGGCUACUUAUCCGUCAAGGAAGAUGGAUUGCGUGCGUGGAUAUGGUCGAAACGGUUCUGUGUGCUACGCGACCAGGCACUUACCUUUCAUCGCAAUGAGCAAUCGGGUCAAUGCGUGGCUCUUAUUUUCCUCAAGGAGAUCCAAUCAGUAACGCGUACGGACCUUAAGCCGUAUUGUAUCGAGAUAGUCACCAAGGACAAGACAUACUAUGUGGCCUGCAAGAGCGAUAACGAGUUGUAUUCUUGGAUGGAUGAGAUUUACAAUAGAUCACCCUUGGGUGCCUCGGGUCCGACUAACUUUGUUCAUGAGGUUCAUGUUGGCUUUGAUCCAGUGUCAGGUGCCUUUACGGGUCUCCCAGAGCAAUGGACUCAGCUACUCAAAGGUUCCGCCAUCACUGCUGAAGAUGCUGCAAAGAAUCCACAAGCCGUCUUGGAUGUCCUUGAAUUUUACACUGAACAGACCAAGAACGACAAUGAUGAUUACGAUGGCGUAUUGGAUCGCUCAAGUAGUGAACGUUGGGCUGCCAUGAUGCACGAAUCGAAGAAGUCUCCAUUGCCCACACCUCAACGUCCUGCACCACCUCGUCCCGCACCACCACCUCCCAUGAUGACACGAAGACAAGAUGAGCGACCCGAACCACGAUCGCCUUUAUCACCAAGGACACCACGACCAUCAGAAAGCUCCAGGUUACCACCUCCUUCUCCUCAUUAUCCUCGUUCACCACGUGAUCCACCUUCCAAGCCAUCAUACCCCAGACCUGAACCAAGCAAAUCACAAGGCACAGCUCUUGCCAAGCAUGGUAUGAUGCGUAGCAGCAACAGUGCCACCACCUAUGAAGAUUCUCGUAUGAUCUAUGAGCGUGAAAAGGAACGCUUGAUGCGUGAACGUGAGCGCGAGCGUGAGUUACGUGCACGAGAACGUGAAAAGGAACGACAAUUACGCGAGAAGGAACGUGAGCGAUUGCAACGUGAACGAGAGCGUGAAAAGGCUGCUCAACAAGUAUCGACACCCAAAAAGAAGGUUGAACAACGUAUCAGCACCAUGACAGAAGCCCAAAUUAUGGAAAAGCUGCGCUCUGUUGUCACACGAGGUGAUCCCAAUGAUAUGUACAAGCGUAUCAAACGUGUUGGUCAAGGUGCCUCUGGAUCUGUUUAUGUCGCCAUGUCUUACAGCACCAAUACCAAGGUGGCUAUCAAGCAGAUGGAUCUUGCACACCAACCUCGAAAAGAGUUGAUCGUCAAUGAAAUCCUCGUCAUGAAGGAAUCGCAUCAUCACAACAUUGUCAACUUUCUCGAUUCGUUCCUUGUCAAAAACACUGAAUUGUGGGUUGUUAUGGAAUUUAUGGAAGGUGGUGCCUUGACGGAUGUGAUUGAACACAACACCAUGACUGAACAACAAAUCGCCACUGUCAGCUUGGAGACCACAGCCGGUUUGCACCACUUGCAUUCACGCAACAUCAUUCAUCGAGACAUCAAAUCAGACAACAUUUUGUUGAAUUCCCAAGGUCAUGUGAAGAUCAGUGAUUUUGGAUUCUGUGCCAAGUUGACGGAUCAAAGGACGAAGCGUGCUACCAUGGUGGGCACCCCAUAUUGGAUGGCUCCUGAAGUGGUCAAACAAAAGGAGUAUGGAGAAAAGGUCGAUAUUUGGUCACUUGGUAUCAUGGCAAUUGAGAUGAUUGAAAACGAGCCACCCUACUUGGAUGAGGAACCACUCAAGGCACUUUAUUUGAUUGCUACCAAUGGUACCCCCACCCUCAAGAAUCCUGAAAAACUUUCCCGUGAGCUCAAGGGAUUCUUGGCAGUGUGUCUUUGUGUUGAUGUUCGUUCACGAGCAACUGCACAAGAACUCCUGGAGCAUGAGUUCCUCAAGAAGGCGGGCCCUCUGGAAAUCUUGGCUCCUUUGCUCAAGUUCAGAUCAAAGUAA